AGCACUAUACUCACCCAUUCGAUAAAUGAAGCACUCAGCAAUACCAGGAGAAACAUGAUUUUUUGAGAUAACUCUCCGUAGACUGUAGCCUAGAAGAGACAUCCAGUUGGUGCAGUCCUGCAUGCCACUGUAUAUAAUAUCAUAAACCCAAUAUCUGCAAGUGGGGUGAUUUAUAGAUCAAAUAAUCUGCCAAUCACUUUGGCAUUGUUUCGGGUCGUAUUUGUAUAGUGGCGUUGCGUUUUUUAGAAGAUUGCGAUUUGUAACAGUCCGGGCGUUGUGUGAUCAGUUAUUUUUUUUAUGCGACAUGGAACGCUUCCACUUACAACAAGUAGCAGCAAGGACGCAACCUUGCUAAUGCGCAUAGCAGACGAAGAAGCAGUUAAUGAUCUUAACGCUGCUAUGAUCAUCCACUCUAUGGGCUUGCAAUACAGUUAAUAAUAUAAAAUAAUAGUAGGCUAUUGUGUUUUGCUGUCGUGCAUAGCUGUCUUGUGUCUGUCCUCAGAACAUGCACCUCUAUAUCCUAGUGAGUGCCCUUCUCAGCAUUCCUGUCUCUUUGGCUUUCUCUUUGGGUUGGAAUGAAGACUUACAGAUAGUGUGUUCUGGUCGAGAGUUCCGCCUGCCGGUCUACUCAGGGUCAAGAAUCGUGACCUUUACCCCCAGCUACCCUCCAGGACCAAGAAGAGUGCUUCUGGAGAACAACAAUUUGAAGGACCCGCGGUUUGAGUGGACGAAAGAUAGGACAUUGCUGCUGAAUGACAUCGCACACCGUGACCAGGGGCUCUACUCUAUCAAACUGUCCUCUGGAUUCACCUAUGAGACCGUUCGCCUCACUGUCUCAGAAUGUAUAAAAACCUUCCGUUUGGGCUAUGGGGAAACCUUUCAGCACAACAUCCCUAAAUAUGGCUCCGUGUUGGAGUUCUCUCCCCGGGGCUCCCCCUCUGACUCCCAGACGGUAUUACUGUGGAACCGGAUGGACCCUGAGACCAGCGAGGUGGGCCGGGGGAGGCUAGGGUCAAGUGGGAGGGUCUGGGUGGCAGAGAGGGUGACCCAGGCAGACCAGGGAAACUACACCCUCCGAGACGAGAAUGGGAAAGUAAUCUCCCGCAGCAAAUUGAUUGUCAAUGUCCCGGUACUCUCGCCCCGUACAGCUGAUCAGAGAUGGCCAGAUUGUGGACCAGGACCCCCGGUACUGGGGCCUCCUCUCUCUGGGGAGAAACGGGACUGUCAAYGAGGUGGUCAUCACCAGGCUGAGUGCAAAGCAUGAUGGGAUGUAUGAGAUCCGAGAUCAGGGCGGCAACCUGGUGUCGUCCACCAUUCUCCAUGUGGUCGAUAAGACUGCUAGAUGGAGAGCAGUUCUCAAGUCCAUCAGCGUUCCUUCUGGCAUGUUUGUGACUUUGGCUGGUUUCAUCCUAUUUAUGAAGC